AUGAAUACUCAAAUAGGAACAAAUGCCUUAAAACUAAAUCAAUAUGUAGGUUUCAAAGGAAUAAUAAGGACGAUUCUAAACAAAUCGAAAGCGGUGGAUCUAGUGUAUAAAGUCUAUGGUCCCAGUCUAACACCUGAUACUGUGCCUAUAAUAGUCCUCCAUGGUUUUCUGGGCAGCAUGAGAAAUUGGCAGAGCAUGUGUAAUAGAAUAACCUCGCACACAAACAGAUCUGUGAUAGCAGUGGACGCUCGUAACCAUGGCGACAGCCCACACGCUGAUUCCCAUAACUACCUCGACUUAGCAGCUGAUGUCUCUAAACUUAUAACAAAGUUAGCUAUUAAGAAAAGCAUCAUUAUCGGCCACAGCAUGGGAGGAAGAACUGCAAUGGUUUUAUCCUUGUCAGAGCCAUCCAAAAUAACAAGUCAGGUCAUAGCUGAUAUAUCACCGGUCACGACCACAACUGGUUUAAAAGAUUUCUUUCCGAAGGUCUUAGAAGUAAUGGCUUCUGUCGACUUUAAAGGGAAAGAUUUGGUUAAUGCACAAAAGGAAGCCAAAAAUGUAAUACUGAAAAACGAUUUAUUCGAACAUCCAGAAAGCGUCUACUUCAUCUUAAUGAAUAUUGGGAGGUUACCUAAUAAUACUUACGGAUGGAAGUGCAAUGUUCCAACAUUAAAGAGGGAUUUUCAUCACAUCGCCGAUUUUCCUAAAGACGUUUUGAGUGGAAAAACUUUCGAGGGUCCUGUGCUAUUCAUCGGCGGUUCUGAAUCGAGCUUUAUUCCACCUGGAGACAUAACCGGGAUCAAACAGUUGUUUCCCAAAGCCGUUCUGCGCUACAUUCCAAAUGUCGGUCACAACGUGCAUGCUGAAGACCCAAAUGCCUUUUUUAAUAUGGUUGUACAAUUUUUAGCGGACGUUGAAAAGAGAUAA